AUGUGGGAGUCGGAGAGCGAAAGCCAUGCCGGCGAGCGCGGGCUCGUCCCCGUCGGCGGCUCCUCGGGACGGCACGAGGCGCUCAAGAACGACAGCUUCGUUCGCAGAGACCAGUCCUGGUAUGUUAACAGUGGUAUUCCCAGCGAUUUGCUUGUCAAAGUUGGAGAUGUCAGCUUCCAUCUUCACAAGUACCCGAUGAUCUCCCGGAGCGGGCGGAUGAGCCGCGCGAUCUACGAGACGGCGUCGGCGGCGUCCUCGGACCCUGCGGGCGACAUGGCGUCGGCCCAGGCCGUGGUGGUGGAGCUGGACGACGUCCCGGGGGGCGCGGACUCGUUCGAGCUGGCGGCGCGGUUCUGCUACGGCAUGGCGGUGGACCUGACGGCGGGCAACAUCUCGGGGCUCCGCUGCGCCGCCGAGUACCUGGAGAUGACGGAGGACCUGGAGGAAGGCAACCUCAUCUUCAAGACGGAGGCGUUCCUCAGCUACGUGGUGCUGUCGUCGUGGCGGGACUCCAUCGUGGUGCUCAAGACCUGCGAGGGGCUCUCGCCCUGGGCCGAGAACCUGCAGAUCGUGCGCCGCUGCAGCGAGUCCAUCGCCUGGAAGGCCUGCGCCAACCCUCGCGGCGUGCGGUGGGCAUACACCGGCAGCAGCGGUACCGGUGGUGGUGGUGGUGGUGGCGGCGGUGGUGGGAGGCCGCCCAGGGCCGGCGGUGGCGUGGCGAGCCCGCGGUGGAACCUCGGCGGCGGCGGCGGGGACUCCAAGGAGUCCAGCCCCGGCAGGCAGGCCGCCGUGCCGCCGCCGGACUGGUGGUUCGAGGACGUGUCCGUGCUCCGGAUCGACCACUUCGUGCGCGUCGUCACCGCCAUCAAGGUCAAAGGCAUGCGGUUCGAUCUGAUCGGCGCGUCCAUCACCCACUACGCGUCCAAAUGGCUCCCGGGGCUCACCAAGGACGGCCCGCACGACGGCGCGCUGGACGAGCCCUGGGCUCAAGCUCAGGCGUCCCCGGGGGGCGGGCUCCACAUGAUCAUCGCCAGCGGCAGCGGCGCCGGCGGCAGGGACCACACCGCGGGGAGCGCGCCGGCGCGGGAGCAGCGGAUGGUGGUGGAGAGCCUGAUCAGCAUCAUCCCGCCGCAGCCCGACAGCGUGUCGUGCGGCUUCCUCCUCCGCCUGCUCCACCUGGCCACCAUGCUCAAGGCGGCGCCGGCACUGGUGACGGAGCUGGAGAAGCGCGUGGGCAUGCAGCUGGAGCAGGCGGUGCUGGCCGACCUGCUCAUCCCGUCCUACGGCCGCGCCGACACCGCCUACGACGUCGACCUCGUGCAGCGCCUCGUCGAGCACUUUCUGGUGCAGGAGCAGACGGAGCUGCUGAUGGCGUCGUCCAGCCCCCCCGGCCGUGCCGGGGACCAGCCGUCGGUGCUGCCCGAGUACUACGGAGCCAGGACGGCGGCCGCCGCGGCUCCGGCGUCGGGGGGGCUGAACGCCAAGGCCCGCGUCGCCCGGCUGCUCGACAGCUACCUCUCCGAGGUGUCCCGCGACCGCAACCUGUCCCUGACCAAGUUCCAGGUGCUGGCCGAGUCGCUCCCGGAGUCGGCGCGCUCCUGCGACGACGGCCUCUACCGCGCCGUCGACUCGUACCUCAAGGCGCACCCGACGCUGACGGAGCACGAGCGGAAGCGGCUGUGCCGGGUGAUGGACUGCCAGAAGCUGUCGCUGGACGCGGGCAUGCACGCGGCGCAGAACGAGCGGCUGCCGCUGCGGGUGGUGGUGCAGGUGCUCUUCUCGGAGCAGGUGAAGAUCAGCAACGCUCUGGCCAGCUCGUCCUCCAGCGCCGCCUCCGCGCUGCUGGCCAACAAGGCGGCGGCGGACGCCGUGGUGGCGCCGCUGCAGCCGCCGAUGUCGCGGCGGCAGCUGCUGGACGGCACGCCGCAGUCGUUCCAGGAAGGGUGGGCGGCGGCGAAGAAGGACAUCAACACGCUCAAGUUCGAGCUGGAGAGCAUGAAGGCCAAGUACCUGGAGCUGCAGCACGAGAUGGACGCGCUCCAGAAGGUGGUGGAGCGCGGCGGCGCGCCGUCGCCCGCGGCGGGGCCCAAGGCCGCCGCCGGCGUUGGUGGAAAGAACCAGAGCCAGGGGCCCUCUCCGUGGAGCAGCGGGUGGAAGAAGCUGGGCAGGCUGGCCAAGAUGACCGUCGGCGACGGGGCGGGGCAGGACGGGCACGUGCCCGGAGCGCCCGGAGAGGCGCCGAGGAAGCCGCGGAGGUGGAGAAACUCCAUCUCGUGA